CAUCUGCGCUCGCGCCUCUUGUACAAUUGUAUUUACCGGUCGUUGCGUCACACUUCGAUUUCUGCAUGUAGCGAUCGAACAGCAAAGACAAACAUGAAGUCCAUAUUUAAAGAAGUUUGCGAUACUUACACGAAAAGAUAUCUAGUGGAAGAUAAUGCUGAAUUACCUUUAAUGACAAGAUAUUCAGUUCUAGUUCAAGUGAAAGCAUGUGCAUUAUCUGAAGUGGAUGACAAAGUCUUACAAGUAUUAUACAGAGAUUCAAAAAUAGUGAAAUAUCCAGUAGGACAGGAUAUAUCUGGAAUUGUUCGUGAAGUUGGUAAUGCAGUCACAACACUGAAGCCGGGUGAUGAAGUCGUAGGAAUUGUUCCUCUUGAUUAUGGAUUAUCUGGAUGUACUGAAUAUGUUGUGCUACAUGAAUUUGAUGUCAGUAAGUAUCUGGAUUCUUUAGUAUUAUUCGGGGAGUACGCCAGAAGAUCCAAAGGAAGACAGACGUAUUCCAUAUUGUAUCCCUACGGCCAACGCCCAUAUUCGAAUCCCAUAGUUCAUACAAAGUUUCUUGACCCACCAAAUUCUAGGACAUUGUAUUUGAAAUGUGCAAGUGUUGGAUUUCUGUUUGAACAAGCCUGGUCAUUAUCUUCAACUCAGCAAGGGAGAUACUUGCAUAUUCUUAUGGAUAUUAUGGAAAAAGUGGCAGACGGUAUAAUUGUCCCUAACAUACACCAUACCGUUCCUUUUGAUUCAGUAACGGAUGCCAUGAAGUGUCUUUCUGAAAUUCGAGUCGGAAAAGUUGUUAUGAAAAUGGAGUAAUAACUCUGAAGUAAAAACUUCAUUAAUAGAAGUGAAUAAUCUGCAGUCGUACGCUUUCUGUGACGUUAUUGUUAGAUGUAAUUAUAGGCCUCAGUAUAUUACAUCUGUGACAAUAUUUACUGGUCAUUUAUCUAUUUAGUCAGACAAGACUACAGUAUUUAACUAAAACUAGCCUUAAUAUUUAUAGUAAAGUUUUGUGAAAGUUCAUCAAAAGUAUACAAUAUAUACAGUAUAAAACAUGGAAGUUAUAUUGUAGUUAUUCAAGAAUUAGUUAAGGAUAUUGUUCAUUCAAAUUAUGAAAGAAAUGAUUAAAAAUUAUGAAAUAUAAAAUUAAUUAGCUUAAAUUAAAUUAAUCAGUAUUCUUCUGUAACAUGUACUGUACAUAACAUUGAACGAGUCAUUUAUGAUAAUUUAUUAUGUGCUUAGAAAUUUUGGAUGUAUUUAGAUAGUGUUUAUAAAGCUUCCUAUUAUGAUUAUGUUCCUUAAUUAUUAUAAUUUUGCUAUAUAUAUUUGUAGUUUGUCAUUUUAAAAAUUUUUAGUAUUAAUUUACUGUGAUUUCUCUUCAAUUAACUGAUCCAUCAACAUAAUUUUAAUAAAAAAAAUUUAUCAUAAUAAUAGUCAUUCCAUUUUUAUAAUCAUGGUAUAAAAAUUUUAU